CUUUCCAACCUUUUAUGGCUUCUCCGCCGAACGUUCUCAGAUGGACUCCAAGCCCAUCUCGUCCAACCAACGAGACCGACGGCAACAUCCAGCUUUCCGGCGGAAGCCCAGCCUUUCCAUUUAGCGGCCUGUUCCAUUCCCCUUCCCCUCUGCUCAGUCGCCGCAGAGGUGAUAACUCCGGCGAGAGGAGUACGAUUUCGUCGACGGAAACCGCCGCCGUGUUCCUCACAUGGGAGGAUUUAUGGGUUUUCGUUUCGGGCCGGAAAGGAGAACGUGUGCCGGUGCUUUCGGGUCUGACUGGGCUGGCCCGGCCCGGAGAGGUCCUAGCGAUUAUGGGCCCAUCCGGUGGCGGCAAGUCAACACUCCUGGACUCGCUUGCUGGACGCCUCUCAUCGAACCUUCGCCAGAGCGGAGAAAUCCUCAUCAAUGGCAGAAAGGAAGUUCUCGCCUACGGAACCUCAGCUUACGUGACCCAAGACGACGUCUUAAUGACGAGCCUAACAGUCCGUGAAGCCGUCCAGUACGCCGCCGAGCUCCAGCUGCCGUCCUCACUGAGCCGAUCGGCGAAGCUCGAGCGAGCCGAGGAGACGAUAAGGGAGAUGGGACUAGCAGCCGUCGGCGGCGUACGGAUCGGCGGCCGAGCUACUAAGGGGAUAAGCGGGGGGCAGAGGAGAAGGGUGAGUAUAUGCAUGGAGAUUAUCAAGCGGCCGAAGCUCUUAUUUCUCGACGAGCCGACCAGCGGGCUCGAUAGCGCCGCCGCCUUCCACGUCAUCAGCCGGAUCGCCAAGAUGGCGGCUAGUGGGGACCGCAUGACCGUGGUGGCCGCCGUGCAUCAGCCUGGGCCGGAGGUCUUUGAAUUGUUCAAAUCGGUUUGUGUUUUGGCUUAUGGGCGGGCCGUCUUUUUCGGCCCGCCCGACGCCGCACCCGAGUUCUUCGCAUCUAAUGGAUUCCCAAUUCCAUCCCUUAAAAAUCCCUCAGAUCACUACUUGAAGACUAUUAACAAGGAUUUUGACAGGGACAUUGAAGAAGGAACUGAAGCAGAGCCCACCACCUCAGACAAAGCCAUAGAGAUCCUAGUCCAGUCUUAUAUCUCAUCCAGGCAUUCAUACCAAACUAUUUUACAGAUUGACCAUAUACGUGAAAUGGGAGGGGAAGCCGUGAAUAAGAGGAGGCAGGCCAGCUUUUUGCUGCAGUGCGUAGUGCUUACAAGGAGAUCAUUUGUUAAUAUGUACAGAGAUUUGGGCUAUUAUUGGCUGAGAUUUGCUAUCUAUGUUGCCCUUUGUUUGUGCGUUGGAACAAUUUUUCACAAUAUUGGCCAUAGCUUUGGUUCUAUUCAGGCUAGAGGCUCUAUGCUUUCGUUUACAGCUGCAUUCCUUACAUUCAUGGCGAUUGGUGGCUUCCCAUCCUUUGUGGAGGACAUGAAGAUCUUCAAAAGAGAGAGAUUAAACGGACAUUACGGUGUCACUUCAUUCACGAUAGCCAACACAGUCUCGGCAACCCCCUACCUAGCCUUGAUCUCAGUCAUUCCUGGAGCCAUUGCCUACUACUUAGUAGGAUUGCAGAGCAGUAUCGAUCAUUUUGUUUACUUUGCGCUCGUCUUAUUUUCGUGUAUGAUGCUGGUUGAAGGUCUGAUGAUGAUAGUCGCCAGCAUCGUCCCUGAUUUUCUGAUGGGGAUCAUCACUGGUGCUGGAAUUCAGGGGGUGAUGAUGCUCAAUGGAGGCUUUUUUAGGUUGCCUGAUGAUUUGCCGAAGCCGGUCUGGCGAUACCCGAUGUACUAUAUCGCCUUUCACAAAUAUGCAAAUCAAGGAUUCUACAAGAACGAGUUUGUGGGAUUGACAUUUCCUAACAAUCAAACGGGUGGAGCUCCUACAAUCACAGGAGAGGAGAUAUUAAAGGAAAUAUGGCAAGUGGAAAUGAGAUACUCAAAGUGGGUCAAUUUGGGAAUAUUGUUUGGGAUGGUGCUAUUAUAUAGAUUUCUUUUCUUGGUGAUUGUGAAGAUGUGGGAGAAGACAAGUCCUAAGUUAAGAGGAAUAAUGGCUAGGGUUCCAAGAGAAAUCAACAUCCAUUGAUGCCUAUUUGGUAUAGCUUCUAAAUUAGUUAUGUCCAGACCAUAUGAUGGUUAGGGUUGGUACUAAUUUUUUUAAGAAA